CUUCCUCUCCUCUCUCCCCCUCGUCGGCGCCAUGGCGGCCAUAUCUCCCCACCUCGCCUCGACCCUUCCGCCUCUCCGAACCCCUCCUCGCCGGCUCCUGCCUGCUGUCUCCGUCGUCCCACCCCGAGCCGCCCGCGUCGUCCUCCGUGGCUUCAGGCUUCCUGAUCCUGCCGCAAGAAGUUUCCUUGGUUUCCAGAAAUCAGUAAGCUUGCAGAAGGAACACCAGAAGCAGGUUCUAUUUGCUUCGGAUAGAGAUUCUACUAGCACUGGUGCAACUGAUGAUAACUUAAGCUCACCGGAUGGCCCACCCGUCCUAACUAUUUUGGCUGGUGUCAUUGUGUUCCUUCUAGUCUUAUGGGUUAUCGGAUCAGUCAUCACCUGGAUUACUGGUUUGGUUUUUGCUGCUGCAAAAUCUUAGAAGUUCUAAUUUUAGGAUAGUUGUGCACCUUUCCAGUUGUACAUACUUGUUUCCAAUUGUAUUGUAUGACAAUCUUGAUUAAAUUGCAUUUGAUGCUAUUAUUGUUAA